AUGGUUGAAUCAAUUAUUGGUAUUCGUGGAAAAGAUUUUGUCUUGUUAGCUCAAGAUGCUAAUACAACAAAAUAUGGUAUUCUUAAUAUGAAAUUUGAUACAAAUCGUUUAUUCAAAUUAAGCGAACAUUGUGCUAUGCUUGCAGCUGGUGAACCAGGUGAUGUUGUUCAAUUUGCAGAAUAUGUUGGUAAAAAUAUUCAGUUAUAUAAAAUGAUCAAUGGUAUAGAAUUAUCUCCAUAUGCUUGUGCAAAUUUUACACGUCAUGAAAUGGCAACAUCGCUUCGUUCACGAAAUUCAUUUUUAGCUAAUGUUAUUGUUGGUGGUUUUUCAACAAAUGAACGUGAUCAAGAACGUGCACAACUUUAUUCGAUUGAUUAUUUAGGUGCCAUGAUUUCAGCUAAUGUUGUUGCUCAUGGUUUCUGUCAAUUUUUUGCUUUGGCUAUUGGUGAUCGUUUAUGGAAAGAAGAUCUAAG